AUGAGGAAGCAUCUAUCCUCCAUUGCCAACGAUCUCCUCCUAAGAUGUUCCCAGAAAUUGGACACUUCCAUUGAUGCUCUGGUGGAAGAAUUUGAGAUGGGCGUGAAGCCUGCAAUAGAUAACUAUUCAAGGGGACUAGUCGAGUUCUGCAGCUCAAAGGCACUUGAAAAUGAAUGUUGUGACUUGGAGGAGAAGAUCACUGAUGGAUCAUUAAGCCGAUUCACUUAUGAUAUGAUGCUGGCAUGGGAGAGACCCAGCUCAGCUGAUGAGGAGCCUGAUUCGGAGAGCAUUGCCAAGGAGAAAGAAGAUAGAAAGGAGCCUCUUAGAGGGAAUGAGGGGCAGUUAAAUGAUGAUAUCCCCCUUUUCUAUUCAGACAUCAUGCCACUCCUUGUCAGUGAAGAGCGAAGUGUUGGAGAAGAUGCAUUCGUAUGGUUGGCCUCCUUGCUUCCUUUGGUUGCUGAUGUUGUGAAUGCACGAUUCACUUUUGAAACUCUUACGGCACCGACGGCCUGCCGGCUUCAUUUUCCUGCUUAUGAUAGAUUUCUCAAAGAAAUGGACAAGUGUAUUAAGUAUCUGCAGAAACAAACAGCACCAACCGGUUUCGAAUUGGCAGAAGAUGAAUUCAUAUUGCAUGUGGAGGGAACUGCAAGAACACAGAGAGUGGUACGCCAUAUCGGAGCAACCAGUUGGCCAGGUAGGCUCACUCUAACCAAUCAAGCACUCUACUUCGAGGCUUCCGGAGUAGUAUCAUAUGAAACUGCCAUGAAGGUUGAUCUUUCUAAAACUGAUGUUGAUCAUCAAGUGAAAGCAGCAUCUACGGGUCCUUGGGGUGCUCCAUUGUUUGACAAAGCUAUCAUUUAUGAGUCUUGUCAACUCUCAGAACCUUUGGUGUUAGAGUUUCCUGAGAUGACAAGCUCUACUAGACGUGAGCACUGGCUUACUCUAAUAAAGGAAAUUAUUCUACUUCACCGUUUCAUAUUAAGAGUUGACAUAGAAUCCCCUAUGCAAGCAUUGGAGAUGCAUGCAAGAACUAUUUUGGGAGUCUUGAGGCUCCAUGCAGCAAGAGAGAUGUUAAGAAUAUCGCCACCGGUUCCCACUAAUUUUUUGAUUUUCUCGUUGUAUGAUGACCUCCCUAAGGGUGAUUACGUGUUGGGAGAAUUAUCUAAUAGUUUGAAGCAGAAAAAUAGGAUGAAACAUUGUAAUGCUGCCUCUAUAUUGAAGGGUUUAAACAUGUCCCUUCCAUUGGACUCGAUGGAAAUGAAGGAAGGGUUUGAAGAACACCCAAGCAACCAAGCAGAGACACUGGCAUCUUUAGAAACAACUAUUGGUCAAGUAAGGGAGGAAGCAAAGGAAGCUAGUAUUGCCCAAGCUACUAUUGAAGAUAUGAAAGCAGAAGGGAUCAGCGAUAGCCUUCUUGUUCUAGUGGAGCUACUGAGCCCACUUAAAAAUGUGCUACCUUGGUUCCAAAGAAUUCUGUCAUGGGAGAUGCCAACAACCACUUUCUUUGUCCUCGCGAUGAGCUUAGUCAUCAUAUACAAGGAAUGGGUUGGUUAUGCCAUUGCAGUGUUCAUGAUGUGUGGAGUUGGAAUGAUGCUUUGGGCUAGAAGGAAAAGAAUGGGAGAAAAAUGCAAUGACGUGGUUGUUUCCACCUCCUCAGACAAAACUACAAUGGAAAGCAUAGUUGCAGCCCAACAUAGUUUGAAAAAUUUACAUGAAUUGAUUAAGACAGUAAACAUUGCAAUAUUGAAAAGUUGGUCGAUAAUAGUAUCAAAGGCCCCCAAGCAUGCUAAUUUGGUCAUGUGGGCAAUGACUGGUGGGGCAGCUCUUCUGGUGGCAGUUCCAUUCAAGUUUGUGUUAAUGGGUUCGAUAUUGUACUUCUUCAUGACUAAUUUAAAGGCAGGAAAAUCCAUGUCAAGUGCUCAAGGUGACAGGCGACUGAGGGAGUGGUGGGAGUCAAUACCUAUCAUUCCUGUUCGCAUUGUGAACAGCCCUCCUUGAGAGUAUUGGUAUCACAUCCUUGCAAAAGUCUCGAUAUGAUUUCUGAUAUAUACCCCACAGACAUAGAAAGAACACUUCUCCUCACGGUUGUAUUUUUCAAGCUAUGCUUGUGCAGUAAACAGUUUGAAGAGAUCUUGUGGAUGCUAUAUGCUUUGUAGAAGUGAUUGCUCCAUAAUUUUAUCACUUGCCAUGGAUUGCAAAGCUU